GACAAACGCACAAGAAYAUCGUUGCAUUGGGCCUGAAGAAGCAUUCGGAGUGCUUUAGACAAUGCAGAUUUUUGUUUCAUUUAUAGUUCUCURUUGGAAGCUGUUUUCCGUGCCAUCGGCCCUCUGUUGGUCGAGUUUCAAGAACCCCAAAWCUUGUUCAUGGCGAUGGCGAGAAAACAGUUCGCCAUCGCAAAAGCACCAUGUUUUGGUAAAUAGUAGAUUCCGAUCCUUCUUUGAUUUGAUUCAUGGUAUUGGUCCAACAAGUCGCAUCGAAAAUUCAAAAAUGUUCAUGAAUGAGGACGACGAAGAUGAGGACGACGAACCACCGGAAGUAGACAUUCGAAAUUUUCGCUACCMUUCCAGUGCCGAUGCAAGUGGCAGCAGCAAAAAUAGCACMGGAACAUCAUCUUUUUCAUCCUUUGGUCUUGGUAGAGGACGAUCGAGUCCUUCUCAGCGCAAGGCAAUGGGAACUUCUUCCAAGACGACUACCACUGUAUACGUGUGUUCGAACUGUGGUGGCGAAUCUGUACAAUGGCGAGGUCGUUGUCCGACUUGCAAGGAAUGGAACACUUUUCAGGAAGUUGCGGUCCAACGGAGUAGCGAAUCCAUAGGGGGGUCUUCGCAAAAUCUCUUCCAAGGAUUGGGAAGAAACCACCAACGAGGACGUCGGAAACCGACGACCAAAAACAAAGGCGAUUACGGGAGCGACGACAUGCCUGAGGAUUCUUUUGGUGGACAGUCUUGGUUGGAUGGAAUUCCUACAGGUAGCUCUAGCGCUKUYAGCUAYGAAAAUCCAAGCAGCCGCCCCAUUUCUAUUUCAGACAUAGACUUGAAUGCUCCGGGAUCUGCUCGACUGAAAAUUCCCAACGACGAGGAAAUGAACGAGGUCUUGGGAGGGGGGUUGAUGAAGGGUUCCUUGAUUUUGUUGGGAGGAGAUCCGGGCGUUGGAAAAUCGACGCUCGCCCUGCAAAUGGCGGCGCAGGUGGCUAGUCUUUCCGUGCCUCCCUCGGGGAUUGGCAUGGGACCUUCUCCGGCAAGAUCGGAAGCCGUGGGACCCGUCUGGUACGUAUCAGGAGAGGAAACCCUGGAGCAAAUUGCAUCAAGGGCCCAACGAUUGGUCGCAAGCAACGACGAGAUCGAUGCCGGAAGGGCCUCCCUUGCCGACAAAAGCCGAAUGGAUUCAUUGCCUAAGCAACUAUUUCUGCUUUCGGAAACCAAUCUCAAUUCAUUGGUUGACGAGGUAGUCCAGACAUGGAUUGAUAGCAACAACAGUAACUCAAUUYCAGAAGAUCACGAUGCACUAGGUGAGAUAUCCUCCCCCAUGCCAUCGCGAAAUCUCCCACCGAGUCUUUUAGUAAUUGACUCUAUUCAAACCAUGGUUUGUGAGGCAGGGGGAUCAUCGAGCGCUGGAGGAAUUUCACAAGUUCGUGAGUCCAUGGCCCUCCUCCUGCGACUGGCCAAGACGACCCAGAUCCCUAUUUUAACUAUUGGACACGUGACAAAGACAGGAGAUGUUGCAGGACCCAGAAUGGUGGAGCACAUGGUGGAUGCUGUUCUCUACUUGGAACACUCCCAAUCGUCGGCAUCGGCGUCCCAAAACAACGGCAACUUUCGAUGGCUCCGUGCGCAGAAAAAUCGAUUCGGAUCUUGCCAGACGGCAGGGCUUUACGAUUUCCAAGCAGGGAUUCUAGUACCACUUCCCGAGGGUUCAGAAUCUGCAUUGGCACCACCUUCCGAAGAUUUGGAAGGUUGUGCCAUGGGUAUUUGUGUCGAAGGGCCACACAGAGCAAUGACCGUAGAGGUUCAGGCUUUGGUCACUUUACCUUCUGGCUCGUUUGGGAARAAGACCGUCGAAGGAGGGCUAUCAGCCGCCCGACUAAACCUUUUGCUUGGGAUCUUACAAAAACAUUGUCAGCUUCCAAUAGCAGGCGGUGGUAAAAUUGGUCGAGACGUUUACGUGAAUGUGGUUGGGUGCGAUGGAGCAGUCAGCAAGAGCCAGCUUGCUUUGGCUACAAUSUCWUUGGAUUUAGCUGUCACAGUAGCACUGACUAGCAGUUAUUUGGGGAUACCUGUUAGAGGCGAUACUGCCUUUUUAGCACAAGUAGGCCUUCUGGGAGAAUUGCGCUCCCUGCCCUCUCUCGAAUCAAGAUUACUCCAAGCGCAACGAAUGGGUUUUUCUCGUGUGAUUGUGGCAUCAACGAAAUCAUCGUCGUUUUCGAGUAAGAAAUUCAAAAGGAAGGAGAAAAAGACAUCAUUUUCGAGUCCAAAGGGAACGAAUGAAGAAUCAGGAACUAGACGCAUACGGAAAUAUGAUCUCGAUGUUUACGAAUGCUCAACACUCAAAGAGGCCUUGGACCUAGCACUGAUUUCAUCGAUUCCAGUAGCUCGACGUAGAUCCAAUCGCCCAAGAACGAACGAAAGUAAAUCAGUGAUCAAGAAAAAUAYUGCCAAACGAAGCUCUCCACCCGAAUCAAUCCGUGACCUCAAGCUCGACAGCUACGAUAUAAUUUUGGAUGACGAAGAUGACGAAUAUGAUCUUAUGUAAAAUCAUCAGCAUUCCUCUGUAGUUCAUACACCAAAAAAGACUAAACCGACAAGGCAAAA